AAACCAGAAAGGGAGGGUCAGAAUCAUCCCUGUAGAUUCUGGCAUGGGUGUGGAGGAUUGGGAAAGCAAAUACAAAGUGCAGGGGAGAAAUCACCUGAGCGAGUUCCUGGACAAGGAAGAGAAUCGUUGGGUUGAGGACGAUGUUAUUCUCCGAAUGGGGAGAGCUCUCACUGAGCCCUCAGGCAGCUCGCUCUGCCAAAGCACACAACACAGUGGCAUCAUACCUGCCACCUACCCAGUGGGCUAUGACACUAUCGAUCGGCGGCGGAGAAAAAAGAUCCGGGAUCCAGGAGGGCUGUCCUUCUCCGAGGCGGAGAAACUCACAGAUGAGCCUUUUCCCCCUGACCUUGCACUCCUCCGCCAGAAGAGAGGGGAGCUCGUGCUGCGGCAGGUGGCAGAGAUCGAGGAAGAGGAGGAGCAGAUGACGCCAUGCCUCAAGCCAUACAAGAAUGGACUUCUUUACAAGACUAGGAUGUGGGCCAAAAACAAGCUGGGGGACACCUUGGAGAACUAUGUGGUGUAUCAGGAGGAGGAAGCUGCCAGAAUGAGAACAGGUUUGGCGUACGAUUCAGAGGAGGAGCUGCCGUACUCCAUGGGAUCAGUGGAGGAGCUAGAGGAAAUUGCCUCCUUAGCGGAGGCCAUUCACUCUGAGAAUGGGAGGGGCCAAGGCAGGUAUGCUUCAUCCCAUGGAGGUCACAUAGACAAGUAUCAGAGUUAUCUGGUUAAGAAGAGUGGAAAGGGGAAAAUGGGAGGAUGGGCUCCUGAAGCAAUGCUGUCUCCAGUGGAGGAACCAAGCGACGAGUAUGUUGAUCCCAUGGAUGAGCUCCAGUGCCUAGUUGAAACAGUUUCAGAGUACCUGGCUGAAAAAGAGGAGGAAAUAAGCAGGUAUGGGUCUCUUCCCAAGUCAUCCAAGUCAAGGUUAUCUUCCCAGGGCAGCAUAAGAACAGAAUCUACUGGAGAGGACCCAAGGACCCCUAUUGAUGUCAAGGAAGAGACCCAGACAGAGGCUCCACCUGAACCAGGAAUAUCUGGAGUGAAACAUGCUAUGAGUUCAUUAUUCAGUUCCUUCACAGACAAGGUUAGUUCAGCCCCCAAGCAGCCACACUCUGGUUCUGCAGAAACGAAAGAAGUACCACCUGCACCAUCUUCUCAAUCUGGUAUAUCUAAGCUAUUUUCAUUCAUUCCAAAAUCCACCAGCCCUGCUCCUGCUCGUGUUGCUCUUGUAUCUCCUACAGCUCACCCCAACGGGACAUUUUCCUUCAAUUUGCCUUCCCAGUCUGAUGCCAAGACACAAGUCCAGAAUCAAGAAAUGCCAGCCAUGAUAACAGAGAUGUAUAGUACAAGCAAUGAAGUUCAGGACUCUGCAACAAAGCCACAAACACCAGCAGUCACUUCAAUUGUUGAGAAAAUGAGUUUUGUUAUAAAAAAAUCUGGUGAAGAGGUAGUGAACACCACCGAUGGAAAACAAUCCCCAGGGAGAAGUGGCUCAAGAGAGGGCUUUCAAAAUCUUGCAAACUGGGAUGAGAAACGUAUCCACCAAGGUGAACAGUCAAUGGCUGUGGGAGGAGGCAGAAGACUUGAUAAUUCAAGAAAUGUACUCCAAAAUAAACCAUUUGUUAAUACACAAGGAAAAGUUGUGCAUGUGAGACCUGACUCUAUGAUUGCCUCUCAGCAAAGUGUGCCUACUUCAGUGGAUGGGAAGUCCAUCAACCAACCAGAACCAGCAAGUUCAGGGUUCUUUAGCCCUUUCAAGAAAUCGUUCAGCUCAUUGAUUGCACCAGUUAACCCUGUUCCCCCGCAGGGCCCUCCACCUGUUGCAGUGUAUCCUGUAUUUGGGUCGGCACCAGAUAUUACAUCAGAGAAACCUGUGGAGGAGCCAUCUUUAGGCAGUAAGCUAAAACUUAAAUUUCUCUCCUCUGACAAUGUCUCUUCCCAACAGCCUCCAAAAGCAGCAGGAGGAGGAAUGUUCUCUGGGUUCAUGAAAUUUGCUUCUGGUGAGGAUGUCAGUGCUUACAAACCCCCUGAAAUUCCCAAUCAAGAACAGGCCCAGCAUCGCCAAUUGCCCCCAGUUCCACAUCAGCAGCAUAUGCAGCAACAUCAAAGGCCACCACCAAUGUCUCUUGGGAUGCAGCAAGCACCUCCUGAACCUCAAGGUUUUUUGACAGGUCUUUUUAAAGGGGCCGCCACUGACGAUACAUUUAAGGUUGGCUCCAAUCAGCCCCAGCAAGGAGGGUUGUUGUCAGGAAUUCUUAGAUUUGGCUCUGGAAGUGACUUAUCUGGGAUCCCACCACCACAGCAAGUUCCCCCAAACAGUCAACCUCCUAGUGCCAGUAAUUGUCAACAAUUCCCUCCUCAACCUCCCCCACAAAAAAAUGCACCUCCUCCUCAGCCUGGGGGUAUUCUCUCAGGGUUACUGAGGUUUUCCUCUGCAGAAAACCUUUCACCUAAUGUACCACCUCCCCAGGGCCAACAGCAAGGGGUGUUCCCUAGCAAUCACCCCAGUCAGAAACAAGCACCAAGCCAAUCCCAACAACCACCCUCUCAACAAGCACCUCCUCAACAAGGAGGACUUUUCUCUGGCUUGUUUAAAUUGGGUUCCUCUGAUAAUGUUUUGAGCACCCAAACAACUCCACUCCAGCAACAACUGCCGCCGUCUGCUGGUCCUCGUAAUCAGCAGAAUUUCAACCAACAGAAUAUGCAAGGGCCAAACCGUGAUCCACUGAGGGACCAGGCUUUUCUAGACAACAAACCAGACUUCUCUAGACAACAUACAUUUCCAAAACCUGCUCAACAAGGUGGUCUCCUUUCUGGACUUUUUAAGUUUGCUUCUGCAGACAAUGUAUCUACCAAUCAGUCCCCAAUACCUCAGACACAUUCUGCACCUCCUCUCAAUCAGCCUAGCCAGCAGUACCCAAACAGGCAGAAUGUGCCAUUGCAAAAUCAACCAACUCAACAGCCUAGUCAACAAGUACAAGACCAAAAUCAACCAACACAGCAGCCUAGUCAACAGGUACAAAGCCAAAAUCAACCAACUCAACAGCCUAGUCUGCUGUCUGGGCUAUUCAAAAAAUCUUCCACAGAAAAUGUGCCUCAGCAGUCGCCACCAAUCAGCCAAGAAAGACAGCAACAUGUAAUUUCGCCACCAAAUGUAAUCUCGCCAAAUGCCAGGCAAAAUCUAACUCCUUCAUGGCAAGAUACUGCAAGCCAGCCUGGAGUUCUCUCUGGAUUGUUUAACAAGUUAACAAAAUCCUCUGGAAAUGUUGAGGCCUGCAAUCCGUCACCACCCAUGCAAAUACAACAUCAUACAAUCACUCCAGCUGGACAGCCUACACAGCAAACACCUCCAUCUACACAUAUACCACAUCAGGUCCCACAUGAACCCAAUGAGGAGGCUGACAAAAAGCCAGGCUUUCUAUCAGGACUAUUCAAUAGGAAUCCAACAGAUGAAGUCUCCACUCAUAAAUCAGCAGAAAUGCUCAAGCACAAUUCAGAGCCAAAGACACUAUCUGCAAGCUCCCCAGGUUUGCUCUCAAGCAUGUUCAAGACUGGGCCAAGCAACACUGUAGCGAACAAUACUUCUGAGUCUGAAAUGGAGAGAAGAGAAAGUGGUCUCCUUGGUCACUCCAUUCUAAGACAAAACAGAAAUGUUGCAGAAAUUGCACCUGGCUCAUGGGAAGCUGAGACUUUAGAUUUAAGGACGUCAGCUACUUAUGCAAGGUCUUUUCAGAGCCGACCAUCCUACACAUCAUGCAGCACUGGCCAUUUACCUCAGUUAAUGCACUACCAUGGUUCUCUUCAGUCUAACCACCCAUUAGCCACCUCUUACAGUGCAGAAAACACGUUAUCCCUUUUACAAGGGCAUCCAAAUACUGCAAUGAUGUCAUCCCAACAAUAUCUUAAUCAAAGUAACCAUUCCUUAUAUUCUGUAACCGGACAGGAUGGCUACCAAGAUCUGUUGGCAUCAUAUAGAGUCAAUUCUAGUUAUGGUGAAAACCAAUGGAUCCAAGAAUCAAUUCUGUGGCAGCAGCUUCAAAAUCAAUCACAGACUUAUCACACAAGUGAUGUGAGUUAUGUACAGCCUCCAGAAGGAGCAGUGUUCCAAGACUCCACUCUCUACUGUAGCUCCACAAAUAUAGAUAAUCAAUAUUGUUCCCCUCAACCAUGGCAUGAAAUUGACUAUAACCAAGAACCGAUUAAGCACCACCAACAAGAGGUGCCCAGAAAUGUUGAAAGCAAUCCAUAUACCAAGAAAAAAUUAAUGAACAGCUAUGAUGACUUGGGAAAUCUGCAUACUAAUCAAAUGAUGGAACAGAAGGAGUACUGGACUGAAGAAGAGGGUGCAUUGAACUUGAGCACCAAAAUGAGUAAUGCCAAGUUUGGUAAAUGGAACUCCUUUGAUAAUGGUAGCUGUUAUAGUCUGAAUGGCAUUUCAUAUCAUGAGGGCUAUUAUGAGGAAAAUCCACCUAAUCUAUCUUAUUCAGCUAAUUGGCAAUAUAGUGACCAAGGCAUGGUUAAUCAAAGUCAAUUGAGUUUGACUAGGUCAUUUGAUCGCAGUUACCCUAAACCUCACAAUGGAGAGAUGGAAGAGUGUUUGUACUUGGAAGAGACAGAAUGGUACCAUCAAUGGCUUGUACUUUUGGAGCAAGGUAUGUGGUGGCCAGCUGAUGAUGGGGAUUGUGGGUACUUUGUUUACACUGAUCAUGAAUACAUAUAUGCCCUGCUAACAGAUGCAGGAGGUACGAUGGUCUAUGCUUGUGCACCUGAGGGAGAGUCCUUGGGAACUGGGCCUGAUAACUUUCCAAGUGCUUGGCUACAUAAUGAAAUGGUCACAGUAUGUGGAUUUAAAGUCCCUCUCUAUAAUGAGGAUGAGCUCCUCUGGCUCCCUGGACAAGAUCAGGGUGAUCCCAAACUCCUCAAUGCCCCCCUGGACCUAUCUGCUGCCUAUAGAAAAGGAAAUCAGAUCAUGAAUUUGAACCUGGAGCGGUUCUCUCAGAUGUUUGAGAGCUCCUUCCUUGCACAAAAAGAACAGGCUGUAGAUUUCUCACUAUAUAGACUGAACAAAGUCAGAAUGGAUCCAAGACAACCCAAUCAUGCCUAUCAGAAUACAUAUAUGGAGGUCAUAGACCUUUCAUGUUCUAACAGGGAUCAGAAAGGCCCUUAUUGGAACAAUCAGCAAAUGAAGGAACUUCUCUCUCAAAAGGUUGCUGUCUCGCACAAUGCUACCCCCACCACAGAUUCCUCUCAGCAACGCUUGAACAACUGUUACCAGCCUCGUCAAAGAAGGCAUUCAUCUUUUGGGGUCAGAGUCAGGCAUGUAGAUGACACACCAGAGGAGGAAUGGAGACAGAGAGUGACUCCAGGAGAGGAAAUACCUAAUCGGCAUGUCAAGAAGUUCUCUUCAUUCAUUUCCUCAAUCGUUGGCAAAACCGCUGAGUCAGAUUUGAACAAAGGAAGAGCUGGCUUGGCCUCUUGUGUUAAUGGAGAACAAUAUAAACCACCUGGGACUGAGGCUACCCCUGUGGACCAACAGGCCAAGAGCAUACUUUCAUCAGGUUUCCAGAGUCUCAAAUCAAAGAUUAUCAAAGAAGAUCCCCCUGCUACAACAACUCCGGCUCAGAGUGCAGUUCAACAGACAGAGAGACCAGCCGCAUCCAACUCUUCUAGAAUUCUACCCACACCUCCCGCAUCUGGACAAUAUGGGCAACCUCCAGCACAACAACCAAAUGUUACUCAGAAACCUAGACUUGCACGACAAGCCACCAUGUCUCAGCAAGCUGCUCCACCAACACAGCCCACAGUGCCAACCAGUUCAUUGGACCCACUCAAUAAAUCUGUCUCUCCACUACAACCACAAUCGCAGUAUACCACAGAUAGAUCAUCUGUAAAACCAGUGGAAAAACCAGCUGAACAACCACAGGGAGGAUUUAUGAGCUUUUUCAAGUCUGCCCUACUGAUCGAGGAGCCAACGCCAGAGCCCCCUAAACCCCCACAACCAUUGUCAAAACCACAAGAUAGAAAUGGUUCUACUGCUAGCUUACCUGGCAGCACAUCCCCAAAUAAACAGGAGGACACAGGAGCCUCUAAUCUUUUUGGGUCAAUAGGCAGCUUCUUUAGUGCAGAGUCUCCUCCAUCACAGCAACCAAAACCUGUUGUUAAAAAUGAGCCAAACAGAGUUGUUACACAAGGUUCUCAAUCAAGACCAUCUCUACAGAAACAACAAACAAUGGAUGGAGUGCAACGUGGGGUACCACAUCCAGCUCCUGGUCAGCCACCAGGUAAAAGCAUGUCACAAGUAUUUCCUCCCAAUACAAGCACUGGCCCCACCCCAGGCCGAUCACAGACUAUGACACCAACCGGACAAACCAAACAGGAGCCACCCCCCAAACCAUCAGUUGGACUGUUCGGCUUUAUGGGAGAAAUUGGAGACAUGAUCUCUGGAACACCACCAACAACUACUACAACUACUACUAAAGAGGAAUCUGCUGGUAUGGGGUUAUUGUCCAUGUUUGGGGUGUCUAGUCCUCAGCAGGCACCAACCCAAACUGAGUCAUCUCAAGCACCUCCUCCAGAACCACAUGUUAAAAGUUUAUUCUCUAUGUUCGGGGGACCAUCGCAGGCGGCAACAUCACAGGCACCUCAAUCUGGGCCCAGUCCACCACAAGUUCAACCUCAACCAGAGACUAGCUCUAUUCUUGGGGGGCUCUUUUCUGGUUCAUCUGCCAGUGAAAGCCCACCAAAAGGAUUAUUUUCUAUGUUUAGUGGCCCCAGUGCCCCACAACCUCCAGGACAAGCUGGGUCAGCUCCAGACUCCUCUGUCCCAGAAUCUACGGUGCCUAAAGAACCACCUACUAAAAAUGUGUUUUCCAUGUUCAGUGGCCCUUUGUCACCCCCACAAGCAAGCUCUGUUGACUCGGUAGCCACAGUACCUACUCCUGAGUGUGCCAAUGCCCAGAAGGAAUCCAUCUCAGGUAUUCCACCUCAGGAAGCUGCCCCACCUAAAGAGCCACCAGCUACAGCUGCCCCUCAAACUGCAGGUUCUAUGUUGGGAGGGUUGUUUGGAGGAUCUAGUCCGCAGCCAGCUACAGCUGCCCCUCAAACUGCAGGGUCUAUGUUGGGAGGGUUGUUUGGAGGAUCUAGUCCGCAGCCAGCCACAACUGCCCCUCAAACUGCAGGGUCUAUGUUGGGAGGGUUGUUUGGAGGAUCUAGUCCGCAGCCAGCCACAACUGCCCCUCAAACUGCGAGUUCUGUGUUGGGAGGGUUGUUUGGAGGAUCUAGUCCACCGCCAGCUACAGCUGCCCCUCAAACUGCAGGCUCUAUGUUUGGAGGGUCUAGUCCACAGCCAGCUACAGCUGCCCCUCAAACUGCAGGGUCUAUGUUGGGAGGGUUGUUUGGAGGAUCUAGUCCACAGCCAGCUACAGCUGCCCCUCAAACUGCAGGGUCUAUGUUGGGAGGGUUGUUUGGAGGAUCUAGUCCACAGCCAGCUACAGCUGCCCCUCAAACUGCAGGGUCUAUGUUGGGAGGGUUGUUUGGAGGAUCUAGUCCCCAGCCAGCUACAGCUGCCCCUCAAACUGCGGGUUCUAUGUUGGGAGGGUUGUUUGGAGGAUCUAGUCCGCAGCCAGCUACAAGUGCUCCUCUAACUGUGGGUUCUAAGUUGGGAGGGUUGUUUGGAGGGCCUAGGCCCCAGCCAGCUACAACUGCCCCUCAAACUUCGGGUUCUGUGUUUGGGGGAUUGUUUGGAGGACCCAGUCCACCCCCAGCACCUAUUCAAACAGCAAAACCCCCUGAGAACAAAAUAUCAACAGCUGCACCUCGCACAACUCAAGCAGAUGGCACUAUAAAAAUAAAAGAGCAGGGAAACGCACCUAAAGAUGGUACUGCAGUUGAGGCUGUUGAUUCUGCAAGCACAUUACCUACCCCUGAGUGUGCAGGUGCCCAAAAAGAAUCCAUCCCAGAUGGUGCACUUCAGGAAUCUGCCCCACCUAAAGAGCCAGAAACCCCUAAAGAGCCACCAGCUACAGACACUCCUCAAACUGUAGGUUCAAUGUUUGGGGGAUCUAGUCCGCAGCCAGCUACAGCUGCCCCGCAAACUGUAGGCUCUAUGUUGGGAGGGUUGUUUGGAGGGUCUAGUGCCCAGCCAGCUACAGCUGCCCCUCAAACUGCGGGUUCUAUGUUGGGAGGGUUGUUUGGAGGAUCUAAUCCCCAGCCAGCUACAGAUACUCCUCAAACAGAACCAACAAAACCCCCAGAGAACAAAAUAUCAACAGCUGUGUCUGAUACCACUCCAGAUACUAUUGCCAAAAUUAAAGAGCCGGGAGACACCCCUAAAGAUGGUACUGCAGUUGAGGCUGAAACCACAGCGCUUACCCCGGAGUGUGCCACUGCCCAAAAGGAAUCCAUCCCAAAGGGUGCACCUCAGGAACCUGCCCCACCGAAAGAGCCAGGAACCCCUAAAGAGCCAUCAGCUACAGGAUUUCUCUCCCUGUUUGGAGGGUCUACUUCCCAACCUGGCACAGCUACUCCUCAAACUGCUGGUUCUAUGUUGGGAGGGUUGUUUGGAGGGUCUAGUCCCCAGCCUGCUACAGCUGCCCCUCAAACUGCAAGUUCUAUGUUGGGAGGUCUGUUUGGAGGGUCCAGUCCCCAGCCAGCUACAGCUGCCCAUCAAACUGCGGGUUCUAUGUUGGGAGGUCUGUUUGGAGGGUCUAGUCCCCAACCAGCUACAGCUUCCCCGCAAACUGCAGGUUCUAUGUUCAGCGGUAUGUUAGGAGGGUUAAGUCCCCAGCCCGCAGCUACUUCUCAAACUGCAGCUUCUAUGUUUGGGGGGUUGUUUGGAGGGUCCACUCCCCAGCCAGCUAAAACUACUUCUCAAACAGCACCAGCAAGUCCCCCUGAGAAUAAAAUCUCAACAGCUGCCCCUGACACCACCACAGCAGAUAGCACUGAUAAAAUGAAAGAGCCAGGAGACACUGGCACGGUUACUUUGCAUGAACACUCACAAUUAUCUGAGGCACCAAAACAACCUGACACCAAAACUCAGCCUCAGGAGUUGGUUGGCUUCAAACCUGAUGGUAAUGCUGUUGAAGUAGCCCAGGGUCAAGGGUUUGAGAAACUUCCUGCUCCAGCUGUGGACUGUCAAUCAAAAGAAGCGGAAAUCCCUGCAUCAUCAGGGCAACCUGAUAAAACGGAACAGCCCUUAAAAUCAGAACAACCUCCAACGAAUGAUCAGUCCAGUUCUGGAAAAGAAAAGGCUGCAUUUGUGGAAGGAGAAGUAAUAGAUGAUAAGCCUAUUGUAAUUGUGGGAGAGCCUGAGAGUAAGGGAAUGGACAAAUCAGGCCCACCAGUGGAAAGUCCCCAGAAGAUUCCCCAAGCUGACCAGUUGACUAAGACUGAAGAGUCAGCCCCCAAAUCCCUGUUUGGGGGUUUUAUGACAGGAACCAGUGAUGCUGGAAAGUCUUUUGGAUCCAUGUUUUCAUCUCCCCCCACAAUUCCCAAAGCCCUUCCCACAAUGCCUCAAGCAGAAGCAGGUGGUGGUCUGUUCUCAGGAUUCAAAACUAUGUCUGCAGGCCUGUUUCAGGAGGAGAAGCCAGGCGCAGCAAAGCAAGAACCAUCCACAGCCUCUCUAUUUGGGACAAAAUUAGGUUUCUGGGGGGCCGCUGCCGAACCUCCCAAGCCACAAGCUCCUCCGGUUAUUACCACUCAGCCCAAAGCUAAUGAUAAGCCAACCAAGGAGACAAGUGAUCAAAGUUCGUCCGGUGGAAAGUAGUCGCUUUGGGUCCUCUGGAAACCUGAGCCAGACCAGCUCCCAGCUUAGUGAGACAGGCCAGGAGAGUGCUCCAGGCUCAGGGCUGGAA